GAGCAACGCUUUACCGUCGUGGAAAAGUACAGCGUCGACCUCACCGAGCUGGCACGCCUGGGCAAGCUCGACCCGGUGGUCGGUCGGGAUGACGAAAUCCGCCAGGUGAUGCAAACCCUGACUCGCCGCACCAAGAACAACCCGGUGCUCAUCGGCGACGCCGGCGUGGGCAAAACCGCCAUCGCCGAGGGGUUGGCGAUCAAGAUUCUCGAUGACGACGUGCCCGACUCCUCCGCAACCGGCGCGUGA